AUGUCCCAAAGUCCAAUACGAGAAGGAAACAAUAUGGGAGGUACCCCUCCAAAUCUCCAAGUGCAAGCAAUAAUAAGAGAAAUGCAAAGAAUGUUGCGACAAGAACUUGAGCCAAUUCAUGAAAGGCUUGAGCAAGUAGAAGAACGUUCACAACGUGGCCAAUCUCCUCCUGAAUUAAGGCGAGGCCGAGAGCCAAUUAGGCCCCGACGAAAUGCUUUCUAUGAUCAUCAAAAUCACGCAAGUGACCAAGAGUCUAAUUUAGAAGAAUGGCCGCAAGAUCGUAGACACCGUCCCCAUCGUGUCCGAGAUCGAGUAGAUGAUAACUUAAACAACAUCAAGUUGUCUAUUCCAUCCUUUCAAGGAAGAACUGAUCCGGAAGUCUACCUGGAUUGGGAAAGGAAGGUGGACCAUAUUUUUGAGUGUCACAACUACUCAGAAAGUAAGAAAGUCAAGUUGGCAGCAAUAGAGUUUUCUGACUACGCAAGCAUUUGGUGGGACCAACUCACUACCACCAGAAGAAGGAAUGGUGAGCGCGCUAUCAAUAGUUGGGCCGAGAUGAAAGCAGUUAUGCGAAGGAAGUUUGUUCCUGCUCAUUAUCAUAAGGACUUGUUCCAAGAGCUACAAAGCCUAACUCAAGGUAGCAAGAGUGUGGAGGACUACUAUAAAGAGAUGGAGAUCGCAAUGAUCCGAGCUAACAUAGAAGAAGAUCGAGAGGCCACCAUGGCUCGAUUCUUAGCCGGGCUUAACCGAGAGAUAGCCAAUAUAGUAGAAUUACAACAUUAUGUGGAACUUGUGGACAUGGUUCACAUGGCUAUCAAGAUUGAGCGCCAGCUAAAGAAGAAGGUUCCUUUUCGGGGUAUCCAAUCAGGUCCUCCAACCAAGUGGGGGCAAACGUCAAACAAAAGGGAGCCUUUCGUAUGCCCCAAGGAGACUCCCAUCCAAACAAAAGCCAAUACGCAAACUAGAGAUUCUAGUAAAGGUAAAAAUGAAGUUGUUCAAAAUAGGGCACGGGAUGUAAAGUGUUUUAAGUGCCUGGGAAGAGGUCACUUUGCUAAUCAAUGUCCAAAUAAAAGAACUAUUAUGUUGAUGGCCAAUGGUGACAUAGAAUCUGAGUCAGAAUCGGAAGGUGAACCAAACUUGCCAAAAGAGGAUGAUGAAGAAGAGUUAGAAUUUGCUGUGGAUGGAGAAGCACUUGUUGUUAAAAGAAGCUUGAGUGCUCAAAUUACCCAUGAAGAGCCACAACGUGAAAACCUUUUUCACACGCGUUGCCACAUCCAAGGCAAGGUUUGCAGCCUUAUUAUUGAUGGCGGUAGCUGUACCAACGUGGCAAGCACCUUGUUGGUGGAAAAACUUCAAUUAUCUACUAUUAAACAUCCACGUCCCUACAAGUUGCAGUGGCUAAAUGACGGUGGAGAAAUAAAGGUGGUCAAACAAGUGCGGAUUCCUUUCUCCAUAGGGAAGUAUGAGGAUGAAGUGAUAUGCGAUGUUGUUCCCAUGCAUGCGAGCCAUUUAUUACUUGGAAGGCCGUGGCAGUUUGAUCGCAAAGUCAUUCAUGAUGGAUACACCAAUCGCCACACUUUCAAACACAACGGUCGAAAUAUCACCCUUGCUCCCUUAACCCCUAAACAAGUUUUUGAAGAUCAAGAAUUUCAAGAAGUUUUUCCCGAUGAGAUGCCUAGUGGGCUGCCACCUUUUCGUGGGAUUGAGCAUCAAAUCGAUUUCAUUCCUGGUGCCACUAUUCCAAAUCGGCCAGCUUACCGUAGCAAUCCAGAAGAGACAAAGGAGCUUCAACUACAAAUAGAGGAAUUGAUGUCAAAAGGAUAUAUACGGGAAAGUAUGAGUCCAUGUGCUGUGCCAGUGUUACUAGUGCCCAAAAAGGAUGGAUCGUGGAGGAUGUGUGUGGAUUGUCGAGCCGUUAACAAAAUAACCAUCAAGUAUCGACAUCCUAUACCUCGCCUCGAUGACAUGCUAGAUGAGUUGAGUGGUGCACAAAUCUUUUCAAAAAUAGACUUAAAGAGUGGCUACCAUCAGAUUAGAAUGAGAGAAGGGGAUGAGUGGAAGACUGCGUUUAAAACUAAGUACGGGUUAUAUGAAUGGUUGGUAAUGCCAUUCGGACUCACUAACGCCCCUAGCACUUUCAUGCGACUUCUGAAUCAUGUGCUUCGAAAUUUUAUUGGGAAAUGUUGUGUAGUUUACUUUGACGAUAUUUUGGUUUAUAGUUUUGUGGUUAGCUCAACAGACUAUCCGUGGACAAAGACAAGGUUAAGGCUAUCCAAGAAUGGCAUGACCUCGAACAUCGACCAAGUAAGGAGUUUUCAUGGCAUAGCAAGUUUCUACCGUAGGUUUGUACCUAACUUUAGUACCUUGGCCGCUCCACUUACAGGUAUAAUUAAGAAAAACUCCACUUUUAUUCGGGGAACUGAACAAGAAAAUGCUUUCCGUUUGAUUAAGGAAAAGUUAUCUAACGCACCUGUCUUGUCCUUACUUGAUUUCUCAAAAACUUUUGAAAUAGAUUGUGAUGCUUUAGGUAUCGGAAUUGGCGCGGUACUAUCUCAAGAAGGCAAGCCGAUUGCCUACUUUAGUGAAAAGCUUCAUGGUGCUGUUUUGAAUUACCCCACUUACGACAAAGAGAUGUAUGCAUUGAUUAGGGCCUUGGAAACAUGGCAGCAUUACCUCUGGCCUAAGGAGUUCAUCAUCAACACCGACCAUGAGUCGUUAAAAUACAUUAAAGGCCAGCAUAAGUUGAACAAACGGCAUGCGAAAUGGGUGGAAUUUUUGGAAUCAUUUCCUUAUAACAUCCGAUACAAGAAAGGUAAAGAAAACAUUGUGGCUGAUGCCUUGUCGCGAAGGUAUGCACUUCUUAAUAUUUUAGACGUUAAAUUGCUUGGUUUUGCUCAAAUAAAGGAGUUGUAUGGUAAUGAUGAAGAUUUUGGCCAAGUUUACAAGGUUUGUGAGAAAGGGCCUUGUAACAACUUCUAUAUCCAAGAUGGGUAUCUUUUCAAGGAAAGAAAGCUUUGUAUUCCCCAAGGAUCAAUUCGGGAAUUGUUGACAAAGGAAGCUCAUGGAGGUGGACUAAUGGGUCAUUUUGGAGUGGCAAAAACGAUGAAUACUCUAUAG